AUGUCUAACAUCGUUUAUACAGCACCUCUUUUGCUGGCCACUGCAAUUCACGAAGUCGGCCAUUCGCUUGGCUUACCUCAUGUGCUAAACGAUGAAAACAGUGUGAUGUAUCCGAUACUCGUUGAAGGUCAAUACUUCACUCCACGCGAUAUUCAGACAAUACAAGCAAUGUAU